AUGACUCUGGUGAGAGAGAGAAGGCAGAAGCAGCCAUUGAGCCUAUCUUUACCUCAUAUCUCACCUGCUGCUGAUACUUGGUGCCAACUUUUAUCAUCACCACCCUCUUCGAUAUCUUCUUCGAGUUCUCCGGGCACUGGUAGCCUGUCGGAGUUUGAGAAGCUUCAGGUUCUCGGCCAUGGCAGUGGGGGAGUGGUGUACAAAGUCCGGUGCAGGCAAACCGGGGAGAUUUACGCCGUGAAAAUCCUCCGGUGUGGUGAGAGUGGGAUGAGGGAGGUGGAUGUAGUGAGAAGGGUGGAGUGUGAGUUUUUAGUGGAGUGUCAUGGCAUUAAUGCAGAAGUAGUGGUGGGAAAUGACUGUUCUGUCCCUGUUGGGGAUGUGUUCUUGGUGAUGGAGUACAUGAGAGAAGGGUCAGUUCGGGAAGUGUUGGAAAAAAGAGGGAGGUUAGGUGAGGGUGUGAUUGGUUACCUAGCAAGAAGGGUUUUGAAAGGGCUAAAGUAUUUGCAUGGGAUGAAUAUAGUGCAUGGGGAUAUUAAGCCAUCAAAUUUGCUGAUAAACAGUGAAUGGGAAGUGAAGAUUGCAGAUUUUGGGGUGAGCAGAGUUUCAGAUGAAGAAUUUGAAUCAUCAAGUAUGGGGACUUGUGCAUAUAUGAGCCCUGAACGCCUUGAUCCGGGGAGGUGGCCGGAGGGAUCAUCUGCAGGGUUUUCCGGCGACGUGUGGGCGGUGGGAGUGGUGGUGAUGGAAUGCUUUCUUGGGCAUUUUCCACUGCUGGAUGAAGGGCACAAGCCAGAUUGGGCAUCAAUGGUUUGUGCAGUGUCAUUCGGCGGCGACACUAUGAGGCCGCCGGAAAACGCUUCGCCGGAGCUUCAGGGUUUCAUCAUGAGAUGUUUGGUUAAGGAUUGGAGAAGCAGAGCUACUGUGGAAGAGCUUCUGAAUCAUCCUUUUGUGACUAAAUAUUGUGAUGUUUGGAAGAUGAAUUAA